AUGGCAGCCCUUACUGUGCUUCGUCCAGUAGCAAGGCUAGCCUUGAUAGCCAUGUUUGUGCACGCCUCAAGUCAAGCAGCUCUGAACCUCUCACACACGUACCACACCUUCGACGCUCUGAUCGACCACUUCACGUACGGCAAGAACGCAACGUUUCCUUUGAGGUAUGCGAUGGCCGACCAGUACUGGAAUCGGAAGGGCGGACCCAUAUUCAUCUAUACCGCGAACGAAGGUUCUAUUGAAGACCACAUUACGAACACCGGAAUCAUGUGGGAGUGGGGGCGAGACUUUAAGGCACUGCUGGUGUUUCCUGAGCACCGCUACUACGGCAAAUCUCUGCCUUUUGGAAAAGACUCAUUCAAGACCCCCGAGAUGACCGCAUAUUUGACCACGGAACAGGCCCUUGCCGAUUACAUCGAUCUUGUCAUCUGGCUAAAGAGAAACAUCAAGGGAGCUCGAACCAGCAGGGUGGCCGCCUUUGGCGGCCAUCACGCGGGUAUGCUGGCAACCUGGUUUCGGACAAAGUACCCACACAUCGUCCGAGCAGCUCUGGCCAGCAGCGCCCCCUUCAAGAUGUUCUCGCCUGCCACCAAGUGCGACACCUUCUAUAAGGCAGUCACUGACAUCUACAAACAGACGUGGAAACAUUGCCCCAGAGAGGUCAAGCGGAUAUGGCCCUUGCUCGAAGCUCUAGCAUCUACGGAAGAAGGAUGUCGCAAACUUGGCGAAAGAUUUCGUCUUUGUCAGCGGCUGAGUUCCAACCACUUGGCGUCUUUCCGCGGCUGGGUGCGUGACAGUCUGAUUGGCGUGACACUGGUGAACUACCCGUUUCGCUCGUCCCAAGUGCCGCCACAACCGCUAAAGCAAUGCACCGAAUUCGUUCAACCAUUCUGCGGAGACGGUGUGGCGGACAUGUUCUACCCGACCGAGUGGGACUAUGCAAAGUUCUGCCAGAAGUGCCGUCUACAGUUCGGUGUCCACCCUAAAGUCGACAGGAUCGUCAGAUCACUGGGAGGUUUCAACCUGUGCGGCACGGCGAGGGUGUUCUUCACCUACGGAAAUUUGGACCCAUGGUCGGCGUACGGAAUCGACGUGGCACCGUCGCGUUACGUGGAGUACCGAAGCAUUCGAGGCGGGGCCCACUGCCUGGACCUGCGGUUUUCCAACGACCGCUGGGACCCGCAUUCGCUUCGACUGGGCAGACGGGUUGCUAAGAGAGCGUUCCGGCGGUGGCUGCUAUAG